GUCAAACUGAUUAUUCUACGUCAGUGAAUAUACAUUCAGAUUUUUUCACUGUUUUUCACAAUCAACUUGCUGCAAUCGUUUGCAAUUUUUAAAUUUCUUGCGAAAAAGCGAUAAUCGAAAACCACAAUUAUGUGAUAAAAUUAUAAUCUUCGAUAGACUUUAUGCACUGCAGCAGAAUUUGCAGCCGGAAAGGCAUUUGAUGAAGAAGUAGGAUGAGUUGAAAAUUCUAUGGAAUUGGCCAAAUCAAAAAAAGAAAAAGUGAAAAUAAAAAUAUUACUUGAAAGUUGUAAAUUGGGUUGGUAUUGGCUGAUUGACUGGUGUGUCAUCGGCAACAACGCAGUAAAGGUGAAAAAUAAUUAUAUGUAAAUCAUAAAACAACAUACGUCACAAUAACGUUCAUUAGAAUUUAAAAUUAACAUUGGGAGAAGAAAAAUCGAACCACAGCAAAAUGGAUACAGCCGAUGCUUUGAUGGAGGAGAAAAAGUUACUGGCGGAGGGGAAAUAUCGUAAUUAUAUGUCAAAUAUUGACAAGGCAUUGCGCAACUUUGAAUAUUCAAGUGAGUGGGCUGACCUGAUAUCGGCGCUUGGAAAGCUUAGUAAGGCUAUAUCCAGUAAUACACAGUACCAAGUAAUACCGCGUCGUAUAAAAAUCUCAAAACGUUUGGCGCAAUGCAUGCAUCCUGCACUGCCAUCUGGUGUGCAUUUAAAAGCGCUGGAAACCUACGAUGUAAUCUUCAGCAAAACGGGCGCAGAACGUUUGGCACAGGAGCUCUUCAUAUACAGUGCUGGCCUCUUUCCACUACUCGGUUAUGCGGCUAUGAAUGUGCGACCAGCGCUUUUGGGCAUUUAUGAAACAUACUUUGUGCCAUUGGGCGAUAAAUUGCGUCCUGCCCUAAGCGGUUUCCUCAGCGGUGUACUGCCCGGUUAUGAGAACGGUUUGGAUCAUUUUGAUCGUACCAAUUCACUGCUAACGCAAGUCUGCACCGCCGUCAAUCCGACACACUUUUAUACAGUACUCUGGGAAUGUAUGGCCACAAAUGCCUCAAUACGCUUGCCUGCUGUAACAUAUUUACUCGAACAUUUUAAUAAACGUAUGAGCAUGCAAGAGCAGGUUUUUAUAAUGGGACACAAUCGCGAUAUUAUGAUGUCUGGCUUAUGCGCUUGCCUCAAUGAUAGCGUCAUUUUAGUACAACGUAAUACAUUAGAAUUUUUACUACUCGGCUUUCCCAUGCAUACCAUAUACUUGACCGAAUCUGAUCUUAUAAAAUUGGUAACGAAUGGUUUGAAUACAAUUUUACGUCGCGACAUGUCGCUGAAUAGGCGUUUAUAUUCCUGGUUGUUAGGUAGCGAAGUGGCAAAGAACUCACCCACUUAUGACGCAGUCUCUCUGGAUGGUGCCGCACCUGCUGAAACCGAAACGUAUUUUGAAAAACACUCGAAACAUAUUGUAAUUAAAUCGUUGAUAUGUACGUUGAAGUUCAGUUUGGAGAGUACGCCAGUGGAUUUGAAGCCAUAUCGUAUAAUGGUCUCCCUACUGGAUAAAGCGGAAAUUGGCAGCGCUGUACUCGACCAUGUUUUGUGCGACAUUAUACGCACCAUGUCGCUCUCGAGCAGCAGCAAUUCGGAGGUGGUGAAAUCGGCCAAUCUACUCUUUGCCACCUUCGAUCCAGCAUAUAUUUGGAGUUUUAUGACCAGCAUGUAUGAUAAAUCGUGCAAAAAGUCCAAUAAAUCGAUGCCGCGCUCGCAAUCGAGGGCAAAAUUGUCACGCAGCAUUUCGCACAGCAGCACCGAGACGAGAUUUCAAUGCGAAGUCGGCUCUGGCGAUCCUAAUUUGGUGGAAAUCUGUUAUCUCACUGAAUUCCUAUUGGAAACCAUUUCCUUGGAAAUGUACAAUGAAACGACACGCAUUUAUUUGCCAAAAGUAUUUUUAGCUAUCACACAAAUGCUCACCAUACAUUUGGACAAUAUUAGUAGUGACGAAAUAACAGCUUCGCUGAAGUUAUGCAUGAAAAUUGUAUCGCGUGUGCAGCCAAUGAUUACUAGCCCCAUUAAGUUGGUACCACGCACCAAUCACGGUUACUACUCGUCCUCUGAUGAGAAGAGUGGCGCUGCCAAUAAGAGUGUGCUGAAGAAUACAUCUAUUGCACAGGUUUCCAGUGCCUUGUUUGCGCUGGAGAAAAGCAAAUCCGAUUCCAAAUUGAAUCAUUUUUCUGCUGAUGAUAGCAAUAGCUUGUCACAGCAUAGCAGAAAUAAAGAAGGUUUCGUACAUAGCGCGUACACUGAGCCGCCCAUGCGACGUUCCAACUCUAAUCAGCAUAUGGAACGUAAAAGUCCAAAAAAGAAGAAGGCCAAGUCGACUUCAAAGCUUUCGGAGCUAGAUAAAGAGAUUUGCCCUGACACCGGACAAAUUAUCGAACCACAAUCCUCCUCUGACCUGGACACGCCACUAAGUAUUAAAAAAUUAAAAUCGAAAGCCAAAACGCCGUACAUGCGCAUACGUACCAGUCCCAAAAAGACACGUCCCAAGGACAUUGCACUUAAUGGCCCAAAAUCGCUAGAGCCGGCAUUACUAAAAACUAAAGACGAAACAGAUGAUCAGCCAAAGAGUGCGCCGGCCAUCGAUCAGCUAGCAAAAGAACGUGCAGAGGAUUUGAUUUUCGAUUAUAACGAAGUAAAUGCCAACAACGAAGAAGAAUUCUCCAUUUUGGAGAAAUGUAUACGACAAUAUGAAAUUUUCUUCGAACUCUAUCUUACACGUCAUGUGCUACAGAUCAAACGUGCAUCAGCGGUGGAUGAGGAGAAAUGUCGCAUUAAAGUCGAAGUUGAACGCGAGCAAUCGUUCAGCGUGGAGCAUAUUUUCGAAAAUGAGCAGAUCUAUGAAGAUGUCAGCGCAGAACGGCUGCUGGAAAUAGAUCGACUCUUUGACACAUUACGCGUUAACGUUAUGAGUCGCUCAAAACAGCUGCACAGUCUGCUUAACCGUUCGUUGGGACACACCGUCGCCGCCGCCGCCGCCGCCACAGCCACUGACUCGACCACCAGCGAAGCGAGCGAUGACGAAUCACAAAUGGCAUGCGAUGAAAGAACCGAGCGGCGCAUACAAACGCUAAUGGAUUUGCGUGUGUCGAAUAGUUUACGCGGCGCUAUAAAACUGGCAGCAAAUUUGCUGGUUGAAAUGUCAACAUUUCCCAAUUGCAACAAGAACAUUGUUUUGGACAAGAAUGAAAAGGAAAUACCGAGUUGGUUGAAGGUGCUAUGCCUUGUAACGGCGUACACACAAAGCGAUAAGGAAUUACAAAUUGCCGCAAUCACAACACUCUUCGAUUUAAUAAGCUUACUCAAGUCUCAAAUUGAACACACAACCAGUCCCGGCGUCACUUUCGUCGUGAUGCUGCCACUACUCAAAUUCGGCCACGUCAGUUAUAUUGAAUACAAAACGCGAAUUUUCCAGUUGGUCACCUCAGUGCUGUGGAAUUAUUUGGGCGAAGCCGGCAUAGAUCCAGCACAGAUAACAGCUUUACUUUAUCAGCUGCACAAUUGCCUGGAGAGCGGUCUGGUGGAAAAUAUCAUUGGCAAUCGUAUGUAUGCGCAUAGCAUGCACCAGCAAUUCGCAGCAGCGGACGCCCUGGCAGCCACCGGGUGGAACGACCAGUAUAGCAGUCUUUUGCCGCAAACUUCGUUGCGUAAUUAUCGCUAUGAUCGCGCGCGUGAUGUACAGUUAGUAUGCGCAUCGCCUGCGCGUCCCGUGUCGCGCGCUGCAAUCGAGCAGCUAAAGGAGAGUGAAUCCAAGAGUUUUCGCAAAUUUGAACUGCUGUGGCACUUGGGCCGCGACAAGCAACCCUCUAAGGGCUUUGAGAAGACUCUGCUAAAAGUAUUGGAUACUUUGGCCUUGCCACAAUACAUGUCUGUACGCACUGGUGUUACCAAGUGGCUUCAGUCUGCAUUGCUGCGUGGCGAUUUGGCGCGUCUGAUUAAACCGUUAUAUAAAAUCUUACUUGGACCCCAAACGAAACGUAUUAGCAUUAUGCAUCUGCAUUUGCUUGAGCAAGAGCAUGGCGAAGAAGGUGCGGGUCAACUCAAAGCGAACGACAAACAGCAAGGCGGCGCGCAGGGCGAUAAUUCCCUCGAACGCGAUGUGUAUGCGAUCAGCUCGGAAUAUGGAAACAUUAAAUAUCACAUGGACACGACAUCCAAUAAGAAACGCAGUCCAAUACGAAGUUUCCACAAGAAAAUUUUCGGCGUAACUUUGAGCAGCAAAAAUAAGACAUCAAAUUUCUUGAGUGACAAAGCGCCGGCACAAGCUAUCGCAGCCACAGAAACACCUGACUCAACUAUAGGCCUAAUCGUAAAUCCCUUAGACAAUUCACCGGACUUCGAUGAUGCCGAAGAUAAUGAGACCGAAUGUGAAAUGCUUGAAACGACAUCGAAAAGUGAUGUACAUUCCAUAACUAAAAUCACAGAGGCAAUAAAUGACAAAGUCGAAGUGCCGCAACAACUAGAGGAUGAUGUCGCCGAAGAGGAGGACGAUGACAAGGACGAGUUGGAGGCACAUGACUUCGAGCACGACUACACCGAUGACUCAGAGAGCAGCAUGUUCGAUUCGGAGUCGGAAAAUCGUGAAACGAGCGUUGAGAAAGACGACAGCUUGACGAUCAGCUCCAGUGCUGGCGCUGUCGCUAAUGGCACUCCCGCCACCGUCGGCGGCAAUCUCAAGCGCUUUGUAGGUGAUUGUGAGCGCGUAACAGAGAUGCUUUCACAACAUGAGCGCACGAAAAAUCGCAAGACAUACCGACUAACGCGCGAGAAAACGCCUGGCGACUCUAGCUUGGCUUCAGUCACAUCAACAACCGACGAACAGUCUUCACUGGGUCUACAUGGUCAACACGACAUACUUAAUGACUCUGCGCAUGCCGCAGAUGAGUAUUUCAGUGCUACUACUGUCGUCAAUGACGACACGAUUCCCAAAGAAGCAGAAACGCAAAUAAGCCACUCAGCGCCAGUUGAUACUCCAAAAGAACUAAAACACAAUGAUGAGGCCAGCAAGCUUAAACAAAGACGCGGUCAUGGCAUUUCAAAGUUGCACAAGAAAAAACAUACUGCAGGUAAGAAGUCACCAGGCGGUAGCGAUAAGAAACGCAUGAGCUGUAUUUCAAAGACAUCCACGGACAGUAACAACAGCUACUCCGGCCUCGGAGGCUCGCAAAGUUUGCAGGAAGAGCCCAUCACGUGCAAUUCACUACAAAGUGACGACGACGAGGAAGACCUCUAUGAAUCGCGCUCGCAAUCCAAUUCGCUCACCACUGCCUCCACCAUAAAUGUAGAGGAUAAACGACGCGCAUUGAGCCUGGAAACCAGCCAGAAGCCCAACAGCCAAAAAACAGAAUGGCCGCUCACACAAGAAACGCUGGAGAAAAGCAAACAAAACUUGCAAAUAUUGCGGCAGAAUGCAGCUGCACAGCAACAUCAACAGAAUGGUGAUACAGGCAGCAAGCGUUCGUCCAUGAAGAGCGGUAACUCGAGCAUAAGCGCUUGCGAUACAGCUGCGCGCUUGGCCACGGAUCAAAUGCCUUCCUACUACCAGCACAUGCUCAUCUAUGCAAGUGGCGCUUAUGAUACCAAACAAACGUUGUACGCAUUCCAAACGCUACGCAACAUCAUCACUUGUGACACGCGCACUUUCCUAUGCUUGUCGAUCACCACUUCGGUGGCAAGUGGCACGCUGAAGCAGCUUUUGAUACGCCAUCGCAAGUGCAUGCAGGGCAAGGGCUUCACGGGCAGCAUCAAUAACACGGAAUAUGCUCAAACUUACCGUGCCUGUAUGCACUUGGAGGUGCUGGUGACCAUAUGUCUUUACUAUGCGCGCGGUUUCUUUCACCAUGAAGCGCGUUACGCGGAUAGCGCCGCCGAUGCGCCAACCAACGAGGAUGUUAUGGGCAAUUGUCGCGUGCAAUUGGAAAGCGUUGAAUUGUUGUCGCUUAUAUGUGCUGAGUUAAUCGAUAUCGUGCGCGGCAUGGGGAAAGGUCUGGCUUUCUAUAUUGCCGAUUUGAUGACGCGCUGUAAACUGCAGAAAGUAAUUCUACAUUGUCUCAACUCAUCUGUGAGCAUGUUUAGUGGUCAACCGCGUCAGCAACGUCAACGCCCUUCUGAUUCGUUACCCGCACGCAUAUUGAGCUUCAACAAUCCACUGGACGAUCAAUUACAUGCCGAAUCACUGCAGUUGCAGCUUCUGCGCCUACUCAUGUCUGUGAUAAAACUUGAAUACGAGGUGCAGUUGUUAAAGCAGGAGGGCUCCGGCACGAGCGCAAAUAGCGGCUCCAGCGGUAAAGAGGAUACCUCUGGCAACAUAUCGCCCACCCGCCUCUCCAUCAUUGGCGGUGACUCGAGCGCCACGAAUGUCAAAUACUUGCCCAACUGUCUAAUAAGUCAACAGCCAAUGUUUUUGGCAGCAGUGCUCAGCGCUUUGCAGAAUGAACAAUUGCGUCAUUUACAUCGGAACUGGACCGAUCUGGUCACUGCAUCGCUGAAUUGCUUUAGUUGUGGUUCUCUUACAAACAUCGUAAUAAGUGUCGUGCACCAGCUUUGUCAUAACAUUGAUCGCAUAGCGAAAUUAUCGCUCAAGGAGCAGAGCGGCUUUCCUCCCGACUACGUCGUCUCCCAGCUGGAAGCCAUCACUAUUCUUUGUCAUUACUGUCUGCUUGACAAUACGCAGCAGACCACGCUCUCUCACCUCUUUAACCAGGCUUACCCACAAACCAGCGUGUCAGCGCAAAGCUCCAACACCGGCCAAUUGCUCAAUAGCAUCGUGCAUUCAUUUCUGUCAACCGCAGCUGCAGCCGCCGCUACAUCACAAACAACAGAAGCGCAGGCACCGCGCAAUCCACAACUGCUUGCUGCCCGCAAUGCCGUACUCUCACAUCUUUCGCGUAUCGUCACGAGCGUCGCUGCCGUAUGGGAUAGCGAACUGGGUCAAGUGCGUCCCGUGAAACAGCAACUAAUGGAAUUCCUGUCGCCAGUGUCGCUACACCAUGGCGUCAAUUUCUUAGCUGCCGUGGCAGUUACCUGGCAGGAACGCGGCGAGGCGCACGCCAAGCGCAUUAAACCGCUUUCUACGCUCAGCAUAACCGAACAGUAUCUACGUAACUCUUCGCCGCAGGCAUGCGCUGAGCAACUCAGUCUCGUUACGCUCGUCUCUAGCAUACGUGUCAUGCCUAUGGAUUCGUUUGUGCAAACAUUGCAUCAGGUGGUGCGCAAUCCACCACCAAUACAUCGACCCCCAGUGCAUCUCACCAUCGAGGUCAGCGCGUUGGAAUUAUUCUACUUCUACAUGAAAUCAGCGCCUGCGCCACAACUGGGAGAUUCUUGGAGCUCUCUGUUGGCACUACUGCGUGACGGUCUCAGUUUGACGCCGCCAGCACAAUUUGUGCUGCUCAUGUUAUUGAAUGAAUUCGUGCAACGUUGUCCACAAAUGCCCUUCCCAGACAAAAAGGAUGUACGUGAUUUGCAUGAUGUUACGGCGCGAUUGGUCGACUCCCUGUCAAAUGUAGCUGGCUCUUGUUUGGAACAAACUACUUGGCUGCGUCGCAAUCUAGCUGUCAAAGAGGAUAUCUCACCGCUCACAUCGGAAGGCAGUGUGCGCGAUUCCAUUGGUGGACAACAGCAGCAGUACGCAGUACAAGCGCAAAGUAUUUUAGCUGCAACAUUAGCCAACUUGUUGGAUGUUGCUUAUGGCUCACAAGAGAAGGAUAAAGUGGUGAAUAUUAUAACGACAUUGUUGUAUAACAUAACACCAUAUCUGAAGAAUCACACCGCGCGCAAUGUGCCCUCAUUCUACGCCUGUUCCAGCUUACUAGCCAGUCUCAGCGGGUAUCAGUAUACACGCAAAGCAUGGCGUAAGGAUAUGCUGGAUUUGUUGCUAGAUAAUUCCUUCUUCCAGUUGGACAUCUCAUGUCUGUGCUUCUGGAAGCAAAUUAUGGACAGUCUAAUGACAUAUGACAAUACCACAUUCCGGGAGUUGAUGAGUCGUGUCUCACUCACACAAACUGGUAGUUUAAAUAUUUUUACGUCACGCGAACAGGAAUACGAACAGCGCUCAAUGUUACUGAAGCGUUUGGCCUUUGUGAUAUUCUGUAGUGAAUUCGAUCAAUACCACAAGUAUAUGCCCGAAAUACAAGAACAACUGGCCAACAGCUUACGUCUACUCUCCAUGGUACCCUCCGUGCAGGCAGCCGUUUUUCUAUGCUUCCGUGUACUUUUGCUGCGUAUGUCAGCCGAUCAUGUCACAUCGUUGUGGCCCAUAAUCAUCGCCGAAAUGGUGCAUGUUUUUCUGGCUAUGGAACAAGAGCUCAAAUCUGACAGCGAGGAUUUGAGCCAGCAAAUGCGUUUACUCUCAGGCAUGGAUGUCUCGUGGUCAUCGAACUCUUCAAGCAAUGGCUUCAGUUCACAAAAUCAAGUCACACACUGGCGUUCGGUACAACUGGAAGCGUCCAAAUUACUCGAAUUGGGUUGCGUAUUGCCUGCGACAAAUUUACCACAUUUCCAAAUGUAUCGUUGGGCGUUUGUUGGCACCGAAUUCGAUGUGCACGAAGAUGUGCCCAUCAUGAAUGGCAAUAGUGAUGAACAGACAACAACUGCGACAUUACCCACAACGGUUUAUGUGCCGCACAUACGACGCAUCGGGCGACUGAUGGACAUGAAAUAUGCAGUGCACUCGCCGAUCAACAAUGUGAAGCGCGGACGUCAUCUGAUGCUCACUUUUCAGCAAAUAAACUCACUACAAGAUUUAUACGGCUUCUUUUCCACACUCAGCGUCAAUUGUCCCAACCCACACAACCAUGCGGAUAUCGAUAAAGAGGUCGCCAGCUGUUUAGCCGAAAUCGAGGAAGUGCUAGCCAAAGAUUUCCUCGAAAAGAUGCCGACGAGCACAACGCCUAGGUGAAAAUUAGUUACUGCGAUACGCGAAGUUGCCGGCGAAUUGGAGUCGAGCGGUAGCGCUUUCAGCAGUCGCGUCACAGCGGCUUGUCACUUCAAACUAUUGCAUUACCAUAACCAGCAACAGCAGCAGCAGCAUCAGCAAACGCAUGCGGAGACGAGCUACACGCUCAGUAGCAAUCACAGCACCACAACAACUACAACUAAGAAAAGUAAUUUCCCAUUCUACGUUUGAGUAAUGUAAAGGAGGCCAGCAGCGGAGAGAGAUUUUUUCAAGUGGUAAAAAGUGGAAUGAGAAAAUGCAGAAAUGUAUUAUAAAAAAGAAAAACUGAAAACGGACUACAAUUUUAUGAAUUUUAAGCUAAAUGGCUAUUAAAAAGCGAAAAAGAAAAUUAAGUUAAUUUAAACUACCAAUAUUAUGCUCUGUAUUUAUAUAAUUAAUUACUAUUAGCUAAUACGCAAGAAAGGAACGGAAAAAGCAAAAAAAGAAGGAAAAUUGCAUCUUAUGCGUGCGCUGCAUUAUUACGAUAUAUACUUAUACAUACCUACAUACACAAAAAAACAUGCAUACAUAUUAUAUAAUAUACACAAAUACAUAUAAAUAUAUUAUGCAAGAAAAAAAAAAUACAUACAUACAUACGUAUAAUGUUGAUUCGAGUUUUUGCUCAGAAGUGUAAAAUGAGUUGGAAGUGCUAAAGUAAAAACAUCUUAAUAAUUGAAGAGAAUAGAAAAAAGAAAUCUACAUAAACACACAAGCACAUUAUGUAUGUACAUAUAUGUAAUAAUGAUUUCGAUAAUGAUAAAUGUAAUGAUGACGGUGAUGAUGUUUAAAUGAAACGUGUACAAUAAAGUAGCUGAAAGGCGGCUGAUGUUAACAAUGUUGGUGUUGGUGAUGUUUGCUAAAUGGCAAAUACAUACAUACGUAUAUUCAUAUAUGAGCAUGCAAUUAUAAACCAUUUCUCCACACCCAUUGCGCCAUCAACUGUCACUGUGUGCAAUUAUGUUUGUUAAAUAUAUGUA